AUGACGUCUCAAUUUGGGUUUCAACUACACCAGGUGAAGGUUUAUAUGUUCGAGGAUGGUUUCAGCUCCCUCAGACUGCACCUUGACGGUUGGAGCUAUUCGGAGAAGGGAGAUUUGAUAGCAGGUUAUGGCGCUGCAGCCUGGUUUCAACCAGGCCUCAUGAGCCAGAGGCAAAUCACACAAACCAUACGCAGAUUUGCAAUCACCCAAAAGCGCGCGGCGUGCCUAAUCAGUGAAGCUCUCCGUACAACGGCUGCGGAGGCCCUCAAUAUAGAGCUUUACCUAAUCCCAAUCCGAUUGCAACUGGAUCAACUCACAAAAGCUGCAGCUAUUCGGAUUCGUACAGGCCCUGCCUUUGCGAUCCCUGACGGCCUGGCCAAUCGACAUGGCAGUGGAUAUCAAGGCUAUAUUGGCACGUCCAUGGUCAUCCCGGCCUUUGGAAAACAACGAACAGAGUGUAUUGGUACGGAAGGCACCUCAACCGCGUACGCAGCUGAGGUCUGCGGCAUCAAAUUUGCGCUUGAAACCGCGCAUCAGAUCGCGGAUCAGAACAUACGAACCAAGAAGCUAGUUAUCUUCUCAGAUAGCCAAGCCGCGCUCAAAACCCUCAUGAAUCCGCGUAUGGUCUCUGGCCAAACGUACAUUCAUGACUGUAUCGAUUCACUAAGAAAGUGCAUGGAUGAGGAUACCGACGUGGUGCUGAGAUGGAUUCCAGGCCAUGAGGGCGUUCCUGGAAACGAAGCCGCAGACAGGGCUGCAAAACGUGCAGCUCUAAUAGGUGCACGAAGGUAG